AUGGAGGCGGCAUUUGAGAAGGCAUUUGGCAUGCGGCCAACCCACCACAUUCGAUGCCCCGGUCGUGUCAAUUUAAUUGGCGAACACAUUGAUUAUAAUGGGUACGGGGUGUUGCCGAUGGCAAUCGCACUCGGCACUGAGCUGUUGAUAACCGAAAACAAAGAGCAAAAGAUCGUGCUCAGGAAUGCCGAGGAUGGAAAGUACCCAGAGUAUACGGUAGCGCUACCAUCUGACUGGAAGGGUACGACACCGCCCAAGUGGUUCCACUACGUGCUCUGCGGCUGGAGGGGAGUGCUCGAUGCCAUCGGAGUGCAAGACAAGGACCAGAAGGGCAUGAACGUGCUGAUGAAAGGAACCAUCCCGCCAGCAUCCGGUCUCUCCUCAUCGUCGAGCCUGGUCUGUGCCUCAGCUCUGGCAACGCUCGCCCUCCACACCGGCGAGGGGUUCACCGAGAAGUUCACGAGGGAAUGGUUAGCUGAUUUGUGCGCAAAGGCCGAGCAGAUGAUCGGAACAUGCGGUGGCGGCAUGGAUCAGGCCAGUGAGGUUCUCUCUCCACUCGGCGCAGCAUUGCGCAUCGACUUCAACCCGCUGAAGUCACGCCCGGUCAAACUGCCCGGAGAUGCGCUUUUUGUGGUGCUGCACUCGGGAGAUACACUGAACAAAGCGGCAUCUUCUCACUACAACGAGCGGGUGAUUGAAUGCCGCAUUGGAGCUCAGAUCCUCGGAAAGCACCUGAACCUGCCGGAUUGGGGCGCCUUUCGGAAGCUGAAACAAGUCGAAGACGCGUCGGGAAAAUCAUUGAGCGAGCUGUUGAGGCUGGUCGAAGAGGUGCUACCAGAAAAUCCAACACUUGACGAGGUGGUCGCCAUUAUUGGACGCGAACAUUUUGAUGCUCUGCUUUCGGAGAAUACCAAGCAUAUGACUGCAUUCCACGUGCGUGCGCGAGCCCGUCACUGCUAUGGUGAAGCACAUCGUGUGGCUCUUUUCGAAGAAGCCUGCCAGCGGGGCGACUUGGUGGAGAUGGGGAGGCUGAUGAAUGGCAGCCAUGAUAGUUUGAAGGUCGACUAUGAUUGCAGCAGCCCGGGUUUGGACAAGCUGGUUGAAGCGAGCAGGUCGGCAGGCGUUCUGGGGGCGAGGCUCACCGGAGCCGGAUGGGGUGGCUGUGCCGUCGUUUUGGUCGACAAGAAGAAUCCGAUCGAUCUCUCCCACCUCCAAGUGCUGCUCGAAUCGUCUCCCUGUCAGGGUAUCACAUUAACAAAGCUC